AUGGUAAACCCUAACAGGAAGGACUGGAGCCUUAGAUUAGAUGACGCAUUGUGGGCAUAUAGGACAGCUUAUAAGACACCUCUAAGAAUGUCCCCUUACAGACUUGUUUACGGAAAAGGAUGCCAUCUACCUGUCGAAAUCGAGCAUAAGUCUUACUGGGCUGUAAGCAAUGUAAUAUGGACUACGAACAAGCUGGACAGGGAGGAAACUUAUGGGAAGAAAGUCCUUUUAUAUAAUGCUCGCUUAAAGUUGUUCCCUGGUAAGCUUAGGUCCAGAUGGUUAGGUCCUUUUGUUAUUACUGAUAUUUUUCCUCAUGGUGCAGUGGAGAUUAAAAGCUUGGAAUCUGGAAAAGUGUUUAAAGUAAAUGGCCACAGAUUAAAACCAUUUUAUGAGUUUGAGCAUGCAGGUUUAAUUGAAGAGAUCGAGCUUCAUCGAGAAUGA